CCAGCAGCUACUCAUGGCACAAGUGAACGAAAUCAGAGAGAGGAGGGAAGCCGAAUUCCUGUCUGAACGUUCGUGCGUGUGUCUCCCUUCCUGCCCAUUCCCCGCAACUGCAUAAAGGCCGUUUGUGUGCCUGUCUGAUCGGCCGCUUGACGACCGACCGAUGGUGAAUGAAAAUGGCCGUCAUGAUGGUGGUGAAAACACAUCACACACACACGGACACACGAAGAACCUCUCUCACACUCACUCUCUCACGUACGCAGGUCGGUCACUUUGUGAGCGGGGCCCUUCUCCCCCUCUCUGUCUCUCACUGCACUACACACAUGCAACAAAAUGCACGCACCGCUCACACGCACGUCGUGACACGAUAGAGACAAAGAAAAUGCAUUACAUACGACAACGGUGUGUACGGUAUGGAAUAAAGAAAACUCUCCCAUGCAGGCAGCCGUGUAUGAGCGAGUGUAGUCGGUUAGCUAGUUAGUGUCCGGGCGGGAAGGGGUUGGGGUCGUUCCUCUGCAUGCCCGCAAACGUGUGGUUGACCUCACGGUGGUGGGACUCGUCAGCUGCAACGGCACCCAAAACACCCCCCAAAACAGCCAUCCAUCCAAUCUGUCUGUCUGUCUGUCUGCGCGUCCCCGCCUGUCUGCCUGUGUGCGGUUUUACCUCUGAUGGCGAGCCAGACGUCGCGGAGCAUGGCCUUCUUGCCCAGCUGCCAGUACGCGCGCGCCACGGGUGGUGCGGGCAUGUGUGUGAAGAGGGGCAGCUUCCCCUUGUCCAUCUCUUCUAUCAGGUGCGUGUACGUCUUGACGGCCUCCUCCUCAAGAUAUCCCACAAACCUGACACACCAACGCCACACACACACGUGCGUGGGGGGGUAUGGGUAGAUGAGAUGAGUGAGAAGGUGUCUGAGUCUAGUCUCCAUCUCUCUGAGGCAUCCCUCCGUACCUGUGUGCGAAUCUGGGUGAGAGGAGGUAUGAGCAUGUGAAGAAUGCGAGGAAGACGCCCUGUGCGAAGAGCACGGUGGACCGGAAGAUGGGGCCGGGCUUGCGCAGCACCAACGCCGUCAUCAGAUGCAUCCGCUCGUUCUCGGCCUCUGAAGAAGCAGACAGAUACCGUACACAGUGGUGGAUGGUGUGAGAGAGUGGCUGUGUGGUUGUCUCACAAACCUUCGAGCAGUGUGUGGAUCCAUCCGUAGUCCCUCUCCAUGCGGCGGAGGGAGUUGAGGUGACGCACCAUCGCACCCACCAUGCCUGGCACAUACACACACCAACGACGCAGAUGAGUGUUCCAUGCUCUGUGUGUGCGUGUGUGCGUGUCGAGGACUCACCAGGAACGCCUGCGACGGUCUCGAGGAAGACGACCCGGUUGAGCCAUCCCUUCUCGUCAACCAAACCAAACUUGUAACCUGCAAACACGCACAUCAAACGAAUGCAGGUCGAGGGUAUUCUGGUUGGUGUGUGGGUCACUCUCUCUCUCACCCGAUGCGGUGUCGAAGACGAAUCUGAGUGCCGACACGGACGCAAAGGCCAUCCGGUCGGUAAUGUUCAGUGGCUUGUAAUGGGUUAUCCUGACAACGCAACACAACACAGCACACAAACCGCACAAUCAACACGCGGCCUUACGUGCGUAGCCAGGUGUGUGUUGAGCUCACGAGACAGUGUUUGCGGAGUUUUCGUCCCAGAUGGGGUGUGGCAGCGAGUAGGACGCCUUCUGCUGUCUCUGCUCCUCAACCACCUCACCGGUCAACGGAUGCGCCUGCAGGGGGACGCCAAGAAACACAGAUGCACAUCCACAGGUCGCUCUCCACGUGUGCGUUCUGUGGUGAGAGCUAUGUGCUUACCAGAGCGUCCUUCCUGAAGUGCGGCGUGUCCGCCGCACCCUCUGCGAUGCGCUCUGCAGCACGCUCAGCAGCUGCCAACGACACAAGACACACAACAGACAGACACACACACGUACAGCCAACCUUCUGACUUGCUUCUCUCGAGACCUCCCUCCCCCCUCUCUCCGUGUCGCCCUUGGUGUGUGCCUGCCUGAGGUACCAGGUGAGCUGCGGUGGAGCUGGUGCUCGUGUCCCUCGCUGUCCUUGAGCAUCUCGCCCCUCCCGCUGUGCUCCCCGCCCAGCACACCAGUGCUGGCCGUCCUCACCCUACCCACCACCAGAGGGCUCGCCCGCACAGCCUGGGAGCCCGUCUGACGCACCAGGGACGACGCAGCCAUGCUCUGAAGACGCACGAGGGCCGCUGCCGACAUGUGAGUGCCCAUCUGCCCGCCGAGCGAGAGGGCGACGCGAGACGAAGUUGCCAGCAUCACAAUAGGUGAGAGGAUGAGGUGUUAACGAUUUGUUUUCUCCAAUCACGGGGACACC